AUGCCAAACACCUGUGAGGAAAUCUCUUCGAACUCGGAGGAGGAGGAGGAGGAAGGUAAAAGAGUGCCACCGCGGGCCGAAGCUAAUGAGGCGACCGAUGCUAAUGAAGCUGCAGGUUCUAAUGUGGUUUCGGACAAACUGAGAGUGGAGAUGAAGCGGCGUUUUUCUACAGAAACAAACAACGUGAUGAAAGGUGUACAGGCGCUCUCCCCAAAACAUACAGGUUUUCUGGACAAGCAACUACUUCUGCCCAUGGCCCAGCAUUAUGGAGUGCGAGAGGAAAACCUGUCUGCGGAACUACAUCAAGCAAGACGUCAGCACCCCCUAAGCACCCCCUAUGACAAAUGUCUGGCGCCGCCGCUGGUGCUGCCUCUGCUGGUGCUGCCUCUGCUGGUGCUGCCUCUGCUGGUGCUGCCUCUGCUGGUGCUGCCUCUGCUGGUGCUGCCUCUGCUGGUGCUGCCUCUGCUGGUCCUCCCUCUGCUGGUCCUCCCUCUGCUGGUCCUCCCUCUGCUGGUGCUGCCUCUGCUGGUCCGCUGUACCAUUGAUCCCAUGUCAGCCGUGUGGAGGUCAGUGGGCAUUAGCGCAGAGACAACAUUCCCAUUAGGACAGAGCAGAUGGGACUGGGACGAGCCCGAGGAGGGGACUGAGACGAACCCGAGGAGGGGUGGAGGAGAGGUCACCACGGAAACGGCCAUCUCCCAUCACCACUGA